AUGUUGUCGAAGCGUCUUCUUUCAGCCCUUGGAAACACCGUCAAGGUAAUUUUCAGCGUUUUAGACCCCUAGACCUCGAGAAAACUCGAAAUUUAGGCUUUAAAAGAUGUUUUUUGAAUUUUUCCAUUUUUUGGAAUUUCUUCAAACAAUGUGGUCUAUUUUUGAUUUUUUGUAAGAAGUUAGCUUAACUUCUGGUCCUGUUUUAUCCUCCUGACUCUAUGAAAUGAUUAUAUGAUUUGUUUUAUUGGAUUUCGCCCAAAUUUUCACUGUUAUAUCCCCAAUAAAUUUUGCAGUUAUUUUUUCAUAGAAAAUAUUUUAUAGGUUCAAAAUGCCGGAGUCGCCACCUCCGCCCGCGGAAUGGCCGCUUCAGGAUCCGAAGUCUCCAAAAUCUUGGAAGAAAGAAUUCUCGGAACUGAAACCAGCAUCAACCUCGAAGAAACCGGAAAGGUAAUUUUUUCAAACUAAUUCGUUUUCAAACAUUGGAUUUGUAGGUCCUCUCCAUCGGAGACGGUAUCGCUCGUGUUUACGGAUUGAAGAACAUCCAAGCCGAAGAAAUGGUUGAAUUCGACUCUGGAAUCAAGGUAAACAAAUAAUUUCGAAAAAUCAUGUUUAUUUCAAUGUUUUGUAGGGAAUGGCCAUGAACUUGGAUGUUGACAAUGUCGGAGUUGUCGUUUUCGGUAACGAUAAAGUCAUCAGAGAAGGAGAUAUCGUCAAGCGUACCGGAGCUAUCGUCGACGUUCCAGUCGGAGAUGGACUUCUCGGACGUGUCGUUGAUGCUCUCGGAAACCCAAUUGACGGAAAAGGACCAAUCGCCUCCGCCAAGAGAUCCCGUGUCGAAGUCAAAGCCCCAGGAAUUAUCCCACGUUUGUCUGUCCGCGAACCUAUGCUUACUGGAGUUAAGGCCGUCGACUCACUUGUACCAAUUGGACGUGGUCAACGUGAAUUGAUCAUUGGAGAUCGUCAAACCGGGUUAGUAAAAUGCCAAAAAAGUUUCAGAAUAAUUAUUAAAUUUUUUCAGAAAGACCGCUAUCGCCAUUGAUACCAUCAUCAACCAAAAACGUUUCAACGAUGCUGGAGAUGACAAGAAGAAAUUGUUCUGUAUCUACGUCGCCGUCGGACAAAAGAGAUCUACCGUCGCCCAAAUCGUCAAGCGUCUUGCUGAUGCCGGAGCCAUGGACUACACCAUCGUUGUCUCAGCUACCGCUUCUGACGCCGCCCCACUUCAAUUCUUGGCUCCAUACUCUGGAUGCGCUAUGGGAGAAUUCUUCCGUGACAACGGAAAACACGCUCUCAUCAUCUUCGACGAUCUCUCCAAACAAGCCGUCGCUUACCGUCAAAUGUCACUUCUUCUCCGUCGUCCACCAGGUCGUGAAGCUUACCCAGGAGAUGUCUUCUACCUUCACUCCCGUCUUCUCGAACGUGCCGCCAAGAUGAACAACACCCUCGGAGGAGGAUCGCUCACCGCUCUCCCAGUCAUUGAGACCCAAGCCGGAGAUGUGUCCGCUUACAUUCCAACCAACGUCAUUUCCAUCACUGACGGACAAAUUUUCCUUGAGACCGAAUUGUUCUACAAGGGAGUCCGACCAGCCAUCAACGUCGGUUUGUCUGUAUCCCGUGUAGGAUCAGCUGCCCAAACCAAGGCCAUGAAACAAGUCGCCGGAUCGAUGAAACUCGAAUUGGCCCAAUAUCGUGAGGUAUGUGAUAAAUAUGAUUUCUAAGAUUCCUAUGGUAAAACGUUGAUUUUCUAGGUCGCUGCUUUCGCUCAAUUCGGAUCAGAUCUUGAUGCUGCCACUCAACAACUUUUGAACAGAGGAGUCCGUCUUACCGAACUCUUGAAACAAGGACAAUACGUUCCAAUGGGAAUUGAAGAACAAGUAAGGAUUUAUUAAUUCUUGGAAUUUGACUAGUUAUAUUUUUGUAGGUUGGAGUCAUCUACGCUGGAGUCAAGGGACAUCUCGACAAAAUUGACCCAUCAUCAAUCACCAAAUUCGAAAGAGAAUUCUUGGCCCAUCUCCGCUCAUCACAAACCGCCCUCCUCAAGACCAUCCGUGACGAAGGACAAAUCUCCCCACAAACCGAUGCCCAGCUCAAGGAAGUCGUCACCAACUUCUUGGCUACCUUCAAGCCAUAG